AUGGCAUCAAAGACCAAUGCACUGAAGGUUUUUAUUUUGGGAUCCAGCAGGAGAUUCGAUAGUGGACGAGAGAAUAUCACCCAAAUAAGUUUAAUUAAUAACCGGAAUCAUCUUGGCAUGUUUGGAGUGAGUGUGUGGGUGAAGCAAUUGAAGGAAGAGGAGAAUGUCUUUGAGCAACCUGAGGUCGUUGUCUUUGAUGACUCGUUCACACUUGUUGAUGAAAGUGUGAUCUUUACAUCCAAACCCGAGAGCCAGGUGGAAGGUGAGAUUGUGGCCGACUUGAGAAAAUCUCAACCAAAAGACUACGAUGUUAUAGCUGAACUCAAAAAGAUGGUGAAGGAUUGGGAGAGCAAGAAGAAAAAGAGCCUCCGUGAUUUGUAG